AUGUUUUCACAAGAAUUGCAGAGCUUUCAUUUAUGUUCCGUGAAAAAGCAUAGGAUGCUUUUUAGUAUUUUUAAUAUAACGAAUCCAUUGGUGAGUUCCUUACAUUACGGAUCACCGCUUCGCUUUAUUUGCUCUCUAAUGGGCUUGUAUUCGCCACCCGACGGAUCCAAGGCACCGAACGCUCCAGCGUUGGCCCAAAAAGAGGCACCAGACAAGCCAAACGAUGGAGCGCUUAUUAAGUUUUAUCCCAGACCAAGCCUGGGAUUACGUUUCUGGGGACCGCUAGUUCCAGCUUCUGAUAACCGGGAGGGGUUAUGGACACUUGUUGGUAUUCAAACCGUAUUUGGGCUGCUCUGCCUUAGGAGAUCAAGAAGCAUUGGUUCAAGCAUUGUAAAACGAGAGAUCUCUAAAAUACCUAGUUUGAACAGGUUCUCGGUCACUAGAGGGAGCAUGUAUGUGUCAGAACAUGGGCCUACGGCAUUCGGGAGUACAAAUUCAUUCAGCAGAAGGGGCUCAAACCUUUGGGGAUUUUUGCGCUCUACAAAAUUCAUCGCAUUGAGAAAAUCCCUGUAUUUAGUUGGUGGCACUUUGCUCCUCAGUCAAUCCCUGCUCGAGGCCUGUAGAUUGCAGAUUCUAAAGUAUGACCCUUGGUACGAGGAGGCACGCUCGGUGCGGGAGAAGCAAUUCUUCAACAACAUUAUCAAAUAUUACCACGAAGGGAUUGACCCAACAAAGUUCAAGGUCAAAGAUGCUUCAAACGGAGCGGUUUUACCGCUGAGCAGCCCCGAGGUCAAACAAAGUGUUGCUUUUGCGCGCGCAACUCUGGAAGCAGAUAGCUGGUUCACGUCGUGGUUUGGCCCAAUCGAGUACAAACCUAUGUCAUUUACUGAAUACCUCGACAGGCUAGAAUACCAUCUAGAGAUGACGGAUUUCAUUAGGAAUGGGCGCAAUAAUGAUGCUGCCUCGCAAUUGCUGGGUAGGCCCCUAUCACAUGGAACAGCAGAGCUAGAAGAACUGAUACAAAAGAACCGAAGCUCACGUAAGAAAAUCGGUAAUUUGAUGGAAUCAGCACCUAGGCAGAGUAUGCCGGUAGUUUCUGGUCAACGUCAAAGUUCAUUGAAAGGUAUUCUGCUGGAUCCGAACAUUCAAAGCUCCGAAGACAUAGAUCUUGACGAAACUUGGUCUGCCUUCAAUCCAUGGCUGGAUUUGGCCUUAGAGACUUCACUAAGUAUCAAAUUCUUGCCUACUGUUUUGAUGGCAGAUGAUGCCACCGGAGAUUCUAGUAUAGACCAUUCCUCUGAGGAUGAUUCAAAUGAUCCUAAACCAAAUUACUAG